AUGCGGCCGCGCUGGGCCCUGGCGCUCCCGCUGCUGUUCCCCUGGGUGGCAGGUGGAUUAGGGAACACGGCCAGGAAAAACAUCUUUCAUCAGUCAGCCGCAGUAUUAAGGGAUUUUGAAGUUCAAACAGAACAAACCUCAAACCAGGUUCUCAGAAUUCCAAAGGAUCAUGGGCUGUCCACGUCCGCGCUGCAGCCCGAGGUCUGUCGCUAUGGGACUAAGCUGGCCUGCUGCUAUGGCUGGAGAAGGAACAGCAAGGGAGUCUGUGAAGCUACGUGUGAACCUGGAUGCAAGUUUGGUGAGUGUGUGGGACCAAACAAAUGUAGAUGCUUUCCAGGAUACACCGGGAAAACCUGCAGUCAAGAUGUAAACGAGUGUGGAGUAAAACCCCGGCCAUGCCAACACCGAUGUGUGAAUACGCACGGGAGCUACAAGUGCUUUUGCCUCAGCGGCCACAUGCUCAUGCCGGAUGCCACAUGUGCGAACUCCAGGACGUGUGCCGUGAUGAGCUGCCAGUACGCCUGCGAAGACACGGAGGAGGGGCCACGCUGUCUGUGUCCGUCCUCGGGCUUGCGCCUGGCCCCCAGUGGAAGAGUCUGUAUAGACAUCGACGAAUGUGCCUCCGGUAAAGCUGUCUGCCCUUAUAAUCGAAGAUGUGUGAACACGUUCGGCAGCUACUACUGCAAAUGUCACGUUGGUUUCGAACUGAAAUAUGUCAGGGGCCGAUAUGACUGCGUAGAUAUAAAUGAAUGUGCCGUGAAUACCCAUACGUGCAGCCUCCACGCCAAUUGCCUCAAUACCCAAGGAUCCUUCAAGUGUAAAUGCAAGCAGGGAUAUAAAGGCAAUGGACUUCAGUGUUCUGUUAUCCCUGAAAAUUCUGUGAAGGAAGUCCUCAGAGCACGUAGUGUCAUCAAAGACAGAAUCAAGAAGUUGCUGGCUCACAAAAACAGCAUGAAAAAGAAGGUAAAAAUUAAAAAUGUCAUCACAGAACCUUCUGGAACUCCUGCCCCUAAGGUUAACUUGCGGCCCCUCAACUCUGAAGAGACUGUUUCCAGAGCUAGGAACUCUAAAGGAGGAAAGAAACAGAAUGAAGAGAGAAAGAAAGAGGGGCUUGAGGAAGAGGAAAAAAAUGAGAAAGCCCUGAAAAACCACGUGGAGUGGGAGCAAAGCCUUCGAGGAGAUGUGUUCUCCCCUAAGGUGAAUGAAGCAGCUGAAUUGGGUCUGGGUCUGGUCCACGGAAAACCUGUAACAUCCAGAUUUGAACACAAAGAUUUAAAUAUCUCAGUUGACUGCAGCUUUGACCAUGGGGUCUGUGACUGGAAACAGGAUAUAGAGGAUGACUUUGACUGGAAUCCUGCUGACCGAGAUAAUGCUCUACAGUCCUCUCGGCCCUUCGUUGCCAUUGUCAUCGACCAAUGUGACGUCUAUGCAAAUGACCCAUCUGAUGUCCUAGCCCCACAGUUCUUUGACCUCUAUUCCAGUUACCAUCAUCUCCCGGGUCACUGCACCAUGGCCACUACCUUGGACUUGAUCAUCACCUCUGAGCUUGAACUCCAACAUCAAACUGUCUAG